AAAUACCUUAUAGAUACCACCAAUAUUUUCUGUUCAGAGUUCAGUUUUUUCGUUAAAUCUUAAUUUUUAAGGUUUUAGUCAUGCGAAAAAUAUAAAAUUAAAAAUACUUCGCUAACCUAUUAAUAAGUUGUUUCACAAUGAAUUCUCAAGUCUGUGUUAAUUGUUUUAAUAAAAAGGCUGUUAAUCAGACAGACAAUCGCUUAGUGACUGAAAGUUGUGGUCAUAUUAAGUGUAUGGACUGUUUGCUUCAUGAAAAGUCUGGUUGUCUCGCCUGUUUGAGAAAUGAUAGUGAAGCAGAAACUAUAGAAUUGGAGAAUGAAAAUAAAGAAACAGAACUGACUACGACUUAUGAAGUUCCAAUAGAAACUGAAAUCAUUCAUAAAGAAGAUCAGAUUGAUAUAGAAAAUUUAAGUAUAAAAAAGUUGGAAUAUGCACACAUAAAAAUAGAAAUGGAUGGUGGUAAAAAGUGCUACAUAUGUACAGUUUGUAAGAAAAAGUUCUAUGCUCGUAGUCAAGUAUGUUACCAUGCCUUUUGUAAUGGACAAAAAAAGCCUCACCACUGUCAACAGUGUAAACAGAGUUUCGUAUCACUUUCCCACUACAAGUACCACAUGCGUGUACACAACCAGGAGCGCUCGUACACAUGUGAAGUUUGCGGGGCUGCCUUCUAUCAGAUGUCCAAACUCAAGAGACAUAGACUUAAACAUACCAAAGAAAAGAACUAUCCGUGCAACGAAUGCAGUAAAGCGUUCAACAAUCACUCAUCACUCCGCAAGCAUAUGUUGACGCACACGCAGGAGCGGCCCUACAUCUGCGCCACGUGCGGCCGGCGCUUCCGAGACGGCUCCAACUAUAAGAAACAUGUUGAUAAGCACAAGAAACGAUGCACCACGUGCGGUGAGGAGUUGCGCGAGGAGGCCGGGGCAGAGCACCGCUGCCGCGUGGGGGGCGCGGGUUUGCGCGCGCACGCCUGUCCGCGCUGCCGGAAGGCCUUCCACUCGCGCAAGGACAUGCGCAGGCAUGCUGCCAUACACUCAGAUUCGAAGCCCUUCAGAUGUAAAGCUUGCCCAGAAGAACGUCGCUUCAGACGAAAAGACAACCUGGAGCGUCACAUUCGCAACGCGCACCCCGACUGUGCGCCCUCCGCCGCGCUGGAGUGCGAUCUGGGCGCGCUGCAGAGCGUCGCCCGCCACGCCCUCGCCGCAGACGACGGAGAGCCGCCCGACCCCACCCCCGCCCGCCUCUCCCUUGCGUCACCCGACCCCUGCUACGAUCGGACGGAGAAGAUCAGACUUGAAAUCCUCAAUCCUCUACCGCCGCUACCGCAGGAGAUCAUUCGCCAGCACAUAGACGUAGCUGACCCGCUGGAAGCGAAAGUGAUAAAUUGUACCGAAAGUGCGGUCGACAAAAAGUCCAUAAUCGAAGCGAAUAACGCUCGUGAAAGUGUCAUCGUAGAAAAACGGAACACGGACGGUGAUAAGAAAGUGGAAAAGAUGAGCCCAGAGAAUGAGUAUGUACACAAGAUCCGUAAGGCAAUAAUUCCUCUGCCUCCAAUAGAUCAGGAGAAGUUCCGCAGCGUUCAAAGGGGAUUGAUGCCGCCCAGCGAGACCACUGCCCCAUCUAUAAGAAAUAUGGAAAUUUAUAAGAAGAUUUUGUAUGAGAAAAUAGAAAAAGAUACGACUGAGGUUAUACAGAAUCCGAAAAUGCAUUGGAGGAGAAAGAUGGAGCAAGAUAUUAAUUAGUGUGAAAUGUAAAGGCUGAUAAUGGAUGGCGAAGCGAUCCGUACUGGUAAUGUUUAGUAAUCUUAAAAAUUAACGUAAAAUUUAUAAAUAUUUUUAUCAAAGUUAUCGUGGAAAAUGAACGCUGUCUUAGAAAGGAGACAUCAAUAACAGGGAUAAGAUAUACACGUAGCUCAUUAUAUGUUACAAUAAAAAUAAUAGAGCUGUAUCUUAAAGAUGUUUGAAAACGCAGAAAUCAACAUCAAUAAUACGUACAUAGAAAUUUUGAUCAACGUCCGGUUACUGAUUUCUGAACUGAAUUACUGAAUACCGAAGUCAGAUUUACUAAUUUGACCGUAAUGUGAUUCGUCUUUGGUCGGAAGCAGCCAAUGCCAUUAUAGACGACCAAUGAGACUUCAGAAUUCAGUUCAUUAACUGGACGUAAGUAUUUUAAAGGAUAGCUCAUUUUAGUGACUUAAUCAGAAACAAAACAAUUGUAGUUCAGUGUAACGCGCACGUAGCGUUACGCAUAGAUCGUGUAUACGGAACACGAGCGUCACGUGAGCUCAUAUGCCACGGAAUUGUGAAUUAUUAAAUUAUUCCUAUACCCUAUUCUAAUGGAAGGAGUAAAGAUAAAUAAAGCUCGCAUUUCAUGUGAUUUGCUAAUAGCUCUUCUGCUAUAUUAGGCACUACAAACCACUUUAAUUAUAAUAGACCAAUGCGUCAAUUCGACGUCAAAGUUGAUUAUUUGUCUUUAGUCUUCGAAUGUAACCGAGUUGCUAGAUAAUAUUUGAGCAUGCAUAUGCUUGAAUUGUGACGUACGUAAGCAUCGAAUAAUAAUGAGCAAUAUUUAUGUAAAUGUUUCUGGAUGGCGGUCGUAAACUCUUCUAUAUUGACUGCAUACUUAUAUAUUAUGAGGUAUAAAAUAAUUUAUUCAAUUUGUAAGUAAAAGCUCACUGUUUUAAAAAUACUAAGAAAUAUUUAUGAAACUGAGGCCGAUUUUAAAACUAAUUUGUCGGACUAGAAAUAUUACUAUUGGUCGAUUAGUGAAUGCGUUCUUGACGGGUCCGUGAUGAAUGGACGAUGUAACUUUGAAUAAGCGAAAUUAACGAUAAAAACAUGUUCAUUGUUUAAUCGAUCUACUAACGAAUAAAAUAAUUACGUCAACUACCUUACAAUAAAUAAUAUUGGUCUAAAUUUAAUUUUAAAUAAAUUAGGGAAAUACUUUUUAAAUCCAUACAGCGCUGCUGUCAUGUUAUGUCAACUGUCAUUUUAUGUAGUUACGACGAACUGACAGAUGUCAGGAACGCAUUCUCUCUUUCUUCGGCCGUAAAGUCCGGUUGGGGAAAGAGAUAGUUAUAUUUUUAUUAUGUCAAAUUAUUUAAGUGAUUGUAUACAAUAGAGUCGGACACCUAUGUAUUUUAUUUGGUAUAAAACGACUGCAUUACUUAAUCUAUAUGUAUGUAAUAAACUACCGCGUAAAUAUACUUUAUAAGGUAAGAGAUAAACACAUUAAGAACAAUAAUUAAUGUAUCUUAUAUAUAAUAUUAUGUUUUAGUGAUGGAUUUUUGCAGGCGCGCUCAGGGCGGGUCCAACCAACUCAUAAUUUAUUAUACAGCUAAACAUUAAUUCUUUGUAUUGUUAUGUUCCGUUUUAAAGUGUAAACGAGCCAGUGUAUAGGCACAAUGGAAUAUUCUAUCUUGGUAUAUACCAUGAUUGGCGGCAUAUUGACAUUGUUAGAAGUGGUAUUCUUCUAGUUUGUCUGUAUGCAAAGGAGCAGAGAUUUCAUCGUGACUUGACUUGGUUCUGUAGGUGUGUUCUAAUCUCUCGUUACAAAAUAUCCUAAUUUAAAGUUUGCAUUUUUUUUCAUAUAUAUAAAAUAUUUUUAAAUGAUUUGUAAAGACUAGGUAAAUAAGCAUAUCUUUUCGAUGUUAAAACAAGGAACGAAUAACGAAUGUUGUGAAUGAUAAUAUUAAGAGAUGAUAUUCAAUUUUGGUUAUAAUUAUCUUAUUCUUGUUUAAAAUUACUAGAAAAAAUAUCUAAGGGUGAUUGCGAUACGUGCCUCUAAGUCAUUGAAUUGAAGCUAGAUUAUGGUAUAAAAUGUUUUGAUACUUGAUUAAGUAAGUUUACUUAGUUAUUAAGUGCGUCCAAGACGCUCACACUAGUGAUAAAGUAAAAUUAUUCCUUUACUGUCAUUUGAGUGAUAUUUAAAAACGUUAUUAAGUUUUUGUUUUUCAUCCGGCUCGAAGGACCGAAAUUAAAUUGAUCUCAAAGUUAAAUAUAUCGAUGAAAUUAUAAGAAAUCAAUUAGAAAAUACUACUUAAAUAAUGUUUUUAAAUACUAACGUUAUUACUUACUGUGAAUUUAAAUUGGCUAUUUUAGUUUAGAGGUAUAUUGUCGUUACAAUGUUGAACGCUUUAUUUAUAUUAUUAUGGUAUCUAAAAAGUUUAUUAAUAGACCCGAUAUUCCGAAUAAAACUUUAGUUGAAGUGUUUGAAAGUAUAUUAAGCUUGAUAUUGUGACCUCAAAAUAUCUCUGAUGUUGAAAAACUUUACCAAUACGAUGUUACCAUAGCGUAUUAGCAAUUUUAUAUAUUGGCAAUGAUUUUAAGACUGCAAUUGAAAUAAUAUUGUACUAUAAAAUGUGAUUUUUUGAUAAUAUGAGCUUUGGUCUGCCAAAAAUUUGUGAUAAAUUUUAAAUGUUAAACCAACCAACCAACCAAUGUAAGUUAAACCAACUUACAAACACAUGCAGCUAUAGCACAUUGCAUGUUUUUUUCACUUGAAGUUUAACCACGAUCAGAAAUAAUUGCUAAUUAUGAUUGUGAUAACUACCUUGUGAUACUGUCGGUUAAACACACAUCUACAUUUCGAAUGUGUGUGAGUUGUACCUUAAUGAGUCAUCACUCAAUUUCUCCAACUUUAGAAUAUAUAUAUAUAUAAUACAAUCCACCCCAAAGUUUUUUCUGCUUAAUUUCUUAGACGGGCAUAUAUUUAGCAUUCGUCAGUUUUAUGUGGGUAGUACAGAGACAGUAGGUUUUAUAAAGACUGGCAGACACGUGUGUGUUUGUGUGCGAGAGGGCGGAGUUGUGUCUUUGUUAAGCGUUGUUAUUCUUGAUCACCGUGAUUUACUAUCUUUACUGAUAAAUAUUAGUUUUGUAUGCCUUUUUUUUUUUCUUAACCUUAAUGAUCUGAUUAUCUGUUGUUAAGGAAUCUGUAAUGUGCAAUAGCUCCUAGUGCAUAGCGUCGACUGAUCUUGAUCUCUACUAUACAUUGAUCUCAAACAAUAGUUUUUUAUAUAAGACCUACUUACUAAGCGAUGAUCAUAUACGGGAGUGUUAUUAUAUUUUUACAUCACACAAGUUUUCUUAAUAAUCUGUAUUUGACAUUGCAUUUACAAUCAGUCAUACGAUAAAACUAAAUGUAACGUAAUGUAACCUAACUAUUAACUUUUUAUUUUGUUAUUAUUGAUUUUGUGUACUAUUCAAUUUAUACGGAAAAUAUUUGUAAAAAUCUGUACGCAAGUUUUUUAUACAAAUAAAUAAUUUUUG